GCCUGUUUAGUGGGAUGAUUACAUAAUGUCUAUAAAAUGAAUAAUUUCUCUUCUAGGACUUUAUGGAGAUUUGGAUUCUGUGCCAGACUACUGAAAACAAAUCAUUUUAGGACAGCUGCAUCAAAUACAUCAUCCCCAGCAGUUCGGAUGCUAUUGGCCCAGUAUCCUGGCAGAAUACCUGACUCCUUUGUGAAAGUUCAAAGAAGCAGUUUCUUUAAAAUGCCUGAAACCAUAGAGGAUAAAACUGAUCUAGAACUGUAUUCACCCCCUCCGAGAGUACGUGGAAUGACACAACUCGAUAGAGAAGCUUUCAAAAGGACAAUUGUUGUUCCAGUCCUUAAAGUUAAAAAAGAAAUAAUAGGUUCUUUGUUAAAGUCCUUAAAACAUACGCUGCUACAGCGUCCUGGUCUAAAGCGAGUGAUUGAAGAUCCAGACGAUGAGAACGGCAGACUUGUUAUGUUGGAUCCUCAUAAAAUACCCACAUUCUCGUUGGGAGGAUCGGAACAAGAGGUAUUAAAACAGUUUGAUAUUCCCCCUGUGGUGUGCAAGCACGACUUGGAGCUGACCUACGACAGCUUCAAGUUGGAGGAGAUCCUCCGAGCCGUCCUUCCCGAAGGACAAGAAGUCACCUCUGGAUUUAGCCGUGUUGGUCACAUAGCACAUUUGAAUCUUAGAGAUCAUCAGCUGCCUUACAGAUACUUGAUUGGCCAAGUUAUAAUUGACAAGAAUCCAGGAGUUACCUGUGUGGUGAAUAAAACCAGUAUUAUUGACAGCACGUAUAGAAACUUUGAAAUGGAAGUGCUAGCUGGAGAGAGCAACCUGGUAACCAAGGUCAAAGAAAAUAAUACUACAUAUGAAUUGGACUUCUCAAAAGUCUACUGGAAUCCUCGUCUUUCCACAGAGCACGGCCGGAUUGUUGAGCUUUUGAAGCCUGGUGAUGUUCUUUUCGAUGUCUUUGCUGGCAUUGGACCUUUUGCUAUUCCAGCAGCAAAGAAGAAGUGCAGAGUAUUUGCAAACGACCUCAAUCCUGAGUCCUACGCCUGGCUGCUGCACAACUGCAAACUAAACAAAGUAUGUGACAAAAUCAAGGCGUUCAACAUGGACGGCAGGGACUUCCUCCUGGGGCCAGUUAGAGAAGAACUAAGUAAAGGGCUUCUGCUCCAAACAGAAGAGCAGAAAACCUCUUCUCACAUAGUCAUGAAUUUGCCAGCGUUGGCCCUUGAGUUUCUGGAUGCGCUGAGACACGUCGUGGCCGGGGCGGCGCGCAGCGCCGCGGCCCUGCCCACGGUGCACUGCUACGCGUUCUCCAAGCACCACGACCCGGCCGAGGACGUUCGGCAACGAGCCGAGGCCUCCCUGGGAGCCUCCCUGCGCGGGCGCUGCUCCGUCCACCCCGUCAGAAACGUGGCCCCGAACAAGGAGAUGAUGUGCAUCAGUUUCCAGAUCCCAGCCGACGUCCUGGACGGGAGGCCCUGCCCCGGGGAAGAGAAGCCAGCCUGCAAACGUCAGCGUACCAGCAAGGACUUUUCUGAAGAGACGUUACCGAGCUGA